GAGUUGGCACAGAUUCCUCACCAAAUCCUACCGCAAGAAAAUGGUAAUGAUACCACUUGGAAAGCUGCAUGGGAUAAGGGUGGUGCAGAUGUGCUACUCAACGUCCCGUCGCCCCAAAUGACCGAAGAAUUGGCGCUGGCCAUCCAUGCGGAGGGCCUCGGGUUCUUAGCAUCUGGACGUGUCAAGGUCAAUGCUGGAAAACAGUCAUGUCAGCUGGAUGGGGGCGGCUUAGUGGAGUAUGAGAUCCUGGCUGAGCAGGUCGGUCAGCUCUCUGCAAUGGUCCAUCGCACUAGCACGAACACGCGUGAAAGGAUCGUUCGGAGGUUGGAGAAGCUCUUUGAAGUGAAAGACGACAAGGUCAAAGUGGUCAUGGCUCUAGAUUUGGGCCAGGCCAUGCAGAAGGCGUCCCUGAUGAAAUCCAACCUGGCCAAAUCCAACGUUGCCAAAUUUGAAAGUGCCCUCAACCCUGAAGAACUGGACGAGGUCAUGGUCGAACUGAAGAGGAUCCACGAUCAAGAGAUUGAGAAGGGCAGAAAGCGUGCACGCCGGCAACCGGUGCUCUCCUGGAAUGGUUUCGUGGAAUGCAUGUUGCUCCCAGACUUGCCCAAGUUCACCAGUGGCCCUACCGCCUUGAACCUCUUCAUUGUGCAGAGGGAGUUGUUGGGAGAUGACAUGCCGGCCACCGGGACCUCUACUGCACUGCUGAUGGCCUAUGAGAAGACCAAGAAGCCCAUCAGUCGAUCUCAGCGCUGGGUGAACCUCGUCACUGCUCUCUCCACGGGAGGCAUCAUCGUCAGCUUUGUUUUGAUGGGCGUUGCUUUGGAUACUGACCCCAACUUGCUGAUUUGGCUUCUGCUGGACACCAUCGUCGCACUGAUUUUCGUGGCUGAGGUGGUGGUCAAAUCCCUGGUGUUUACAGCCAGGGAGUAUUUCUUCGGUCGAGAUCGCGUGUGGAACUGCUUUGACGUCGGACUUUCGCUGGUGGCCGUGGCGGAGAUUGCCAUCAACAUCAUCUACAGCAGCUCUGGGGACACAGCGAAGGCCGCCUUGGUCCUGCGUGGUUUACGUUUGGCACGCAUGGCACGCUUGGCCAAGCUCAUCCGGAUGCCACUGCUGGCGGAAUUGGCCAACCUCAUCUCGGGCUUCGUGCUCAGUGUUCGAUCGCUCUUUUGGGUGAUGAUCUUCCUCACGCUCAUCGUCUAUGUCAUUGCACUAGGCUUUCGCGCUGGAGUCGAGACCUUUUCCGGCACCAUGCCGGACAAUUGCCUGAUGGGCGAUUUCUAUCCCUUGGGCAAUGACUUGGAGCAGCAACUUCCACCCGGCUGCCACUGGGAGACGAGUGACGGCGAGGACAAGCCGGUGAACAUUCGCUUCCCAAAGAGGGGAUGA